UUGUCUUUGCAACAAACUUCAUUCAUUCAAAACAUAAUUUGUCAUCUUAUAUUCACCAAAAACAUACCAGUAGUAUUAAACACUUACAUAACUUUAAUUUGAUCAUAUUAUUAAAACAUAUUUACCAGUACAAAAUGAUUUCUUCAUGGAGAAGGAAGAGAGCGAGCCGAGGGGCGGCCGGGGGUGAUCAAGGCGGGGGGAAGAGGAAGCCGACGGAGUUGAUUGUUCCGAAUCAUUUCCGGUGUCCGAUAUCUCUAGAUUUGAUGAAGGAUCCGGUGACUUUAUCGACAGGAAUAUCGUAUGACCGCGAAAAUAUAGAGAAAUGGAUUGAGGCAGGUAAUGUAACAUGUCCUAUGACUAAUCAAGUCUUAAGGACACUUGAGCCUAUCCCAAACCAUACUAUUCGAAGGAUGAUCCAAGACUGGUGUGUCGAGAAUCGAUCCCAAGGGAUAGAACGGAUCCCCACGCCUCGGAUUCCGAUAAGCUCAGAUGAGGUGGGGACCAUCUUGGAGAGGAUCUCGACGUCGCGGACCCCACAAGAGUGUAAAGACCUAGUGGGUAAAGUAAGCAAGGCUUUGAAGGAGAGUGAUAGGAAUAAGAGGUGCAUUGUAGGGAAUGGGGCUAGUAAGACCUUGUCCCUUGCAUUCCAAGCUUUCGCGGAUAGCGAGGGCGAAACCGUCAUUUCACUCUUGGAAGAUAUUAUGAGUAUUCUUACAUCUAUAACCCCCUUAGACUCACAAGCACUGGUGAGUCUAAAGUCACCAAACUCCCUAGGGCGUUUGGUGUGGUUUUUAAGACGCGGAGGUUUAUCUGGGAUAAGAAACGCGGUUAUGAUCCUUAAAGAACUCGUUUCGAGCUCAAAAGAUCACGAGAAAGUGGUUGAAUCAUUGGUUACAAUGGAAGGAGCUAUGGAAGGGUUGGUCAAGCUAAUCAAAGAGCCAAUUUGUCCAGCUUCUACCAAAGCAUCAUUGGUUGUAAUAUACCAUAUGAUCAUAUCAACUCAUGAUUUUUCAAGCAAGAAUGUGAUCAUAGAAAGGUUCAUAGACAUGGGUUUAGUCUCAUUAGUCCUAGACAUUCUAGUAGAUGCUGAGAAGAGCGUUUGUGAGAAGGCACUCGGGGUCCUCGAUGGCCUUUGUCGAAGUGACAAAGGCCGUGAGGCGGCCUACACUCAAGCACUAGCAAUACCUGUGGUGGUUAAGAAGAUACUAAGGAUCUCCGAGUUAGCGACCGAGUUCUCGGUCUCCGUCCUUUAUAGGUUGUGUGAGAAUGAGGAAAGGGAAGAUGGAGGUGUUAUUGUUGAAGCUCUACAAGUUGGUGCAUUUCAAAAGCUUUUGCUGAUUUUACAAGUUGGUUGGAAUAUUAAUGAGAGGGUUAAGGAGAAGGUUACUAAAUUAUUGAAGCUCCUAAAUCUUUUUAGAGAUAAGUUAGAGUGCAUUGAAUCCAUGGAUUUUAAGGAUCUUAAAAGGCCAUUUUAAGAUGAUCAUAUUAAUAGUUCAUACCACAUUCUUUUUGCAGUUAAUUAAUAGGGUGUUUAGUCUCUUUAAUUUUGCUGUACAGCAGAUUAAUUAGUGAUUUUUAGCAUACAUUUGCAAAUGCCAAUGUACAAAAUACACAAAUGGAAGAUAAUUAAUACUAUAUAGAUAUACCAUUCUUUGUUAAUAAAAUAUCACAAAAAUGAACUUUUUGUGCUUGAA